CAACACUUGUGAUUUAAUUGUCCACGCAGGAUGCUUAGCAGUAAUGAACAGCGUUAGUACAGGGUCACCGCCCUCACAUGUUACGCAGUACCAUCAUAAUUUAGUGAGAACACUCUAGUACGUGUGUCUGUCGCUACCGUCAUCGUUAUCAACGGAGGCUGUCGAUAAACGGUGCACGAUGCCGCUAAUAACAAAAUGUAUGUGUUGGGACAACAUCUACUCUGCAUCGAGAGCCGCUGCCAUGUACACACUGUGUUUAUCGACAAACCUGUUGCUGCUAUAUUUAUUUAAAUUUUCAACGUACAUUCCUGCGCACGACGAAGACCCUUUUAUGGUGGUUGUUUACAAAGCUUGGUUUCUCCUGCUCCUUAUUUACGCUCUGUAUUUCAUCACUUCGUUUAUAUUGCUCAAUGGAAUCGAAAAGGCUUUCGUUGGAAUGGUAUUAUUUUUUCUCACUUUCCUCGUCGCAGCCGAAAUAAUAGAAACAGGAAUUAUAGUUUUAUUGCUAGUAGAAGGAGGAUUCACGUCUACAAUUCAUGUAGAAUUCUCACUUUAUAUUGUAAAGUUAGUGCCCAAUAUUCUGAUAUUCGUCGUCGUGUUAUCGUGCUAUCAGGCGCUAAAAGAACAAAAAAGGAACGAAAAAAACUAUGAUGAUCUUGUUAGAAAGCGUGACUGUUCUGUGAUGACUUGACUGAGCAUAUACUGGGCCUGAUCGUACCCGGCAGUCCGAUGCCAAGUGCAGUUGACCGUGAUGACGAAGGUGGAUUUGAUGAAAUUUACCAACCUAGACCGAGUACUAGCGGUAAUAACAACAAUGCCAACCUGUCACAGCUAGAUAGCGCAAGUGCGUAUAUUGACAGUGGGGGCGCUAGAGCAGUGUAAUGGUGAUAACGUAUCCGGAACCCAAAAUAUUAUAUGAUUCAAAAUACUAAAAUUAAACUUUUGAAAUUAUGUAAAAUUUAAUAUUUAUUGAUGUGAAUAGUCUGUUAUUUAUAGUUAUUCUAGCAUUAUAACUGCCAAAUACGAAAGUAUGCCAAACUUCUCACAUGAUUAAAAAGUUGUCCGAGCCAUACUAUAAACCAUUGUUGACAGCUUAACACGUCCAAAAUAAAUAUUUUUAUUAUUAAUAUUUUAAUAUGUUAUCAUAUAUUGAAAUUAUAUAUAGUAUUUAAAUAUACAAUUAAGGUCGUAGUUGUCGCUUUAUAUUUGUAUAAUAUCUAUAAGUAGGAUAAGAGGGAUGGUUACUGAAAAAAUACUGGGAAACUGCAAUUCUGUAUUGUGUUUUUAAAGUUUAAAAAGUAUGGGUACUUCCAUUUAUUAUUUAAACAUUA